AUGACAAACUGGAUCCUCGGCGACAAAUUUUACGCCGUCUAUCCCCACAAGAAUUCGAUCAAGGGCCUGUGGGAUUCUAAGUGGAAGUUCGCUUGUCAAAAGUCCGUCUAUCCUUUCCACGAUGGUGCUUUCGAAGACUUCGAACCUAUUUUCGAGAAGCUUAUCUCAGAGAACAUCAACGAUGCUUGCACAGACGAAUACACAAGUGCCUUUCUGUCCACUGCUAAAUCCCUUGAGAUCAAAGCCGAAGAGGAAAUAAAAAAAGGAAAUACUGAAAAGGCAUCCGAGUAUAAUCGCCGGGCAGCCGUCGUCUACCGCAUCUCUCGUUUUCCUUAUGUCGGCCCCGCGUCAGCUGGAACAAACCAAUUAAAGCGUGCAGCUUUCGACCGCCAGAAGCAGGUCUAUCUUGAUGCUGUGUCUACAUGGUCCCCAGCCAUCAAGGAGGUCGUGAUUCCUCACAAACACCGUGCGGGUCUAGAUGGCGCCUCUAUUCCCCUGCUUGUUCGUGUUCCUGAGCAUGCCAGCCCCAGCAAACCUGUACCUGUCGUCCUGAUCAUGACUGGACUUGAUGGUUAUCGCUGUGACAACUCUCAGCGAACCCACGAAAUCGUCGGUCGUGGAUGGGCUACCAUUAUUUGCGAGAUUCCCGGAACAGCAGACUGCCCUGCUGAUCCGGCAGAUCCUCAGUCACCAGAUCGCCUCUGGAACUCAGUUCUUGAGUACAUGGUUUCUCGACGAGAAUUUGAUAUGCAAAAAGUCGCUGCUUGGGGAUUGAGUGCAGGCGGCUACUAUGCCAUCCGCGCAGGUAGUACUCAUGGAAAGCAUCUCCUGGGCUGCGUAGCUCACGGACCUGGUUCUCAUCACUUCUUGAGCCCGGAGUGGCUAGAGAGAAUCGAUGAUCACGAGUAUCCUUUCUUGAUAUCCCCUGCCAUGGCUGAGAAAUAUGGUUUUAAGAGUGUCGAAGAAUUUAAAAAGAAUGGACAAAAGAAAUUCUCGCUGAUUGAGACUGGUAUUGCUGACAAGCCGUCCUGCAGAAUCCUUCUUCUCAAUGGUGUUGAUGACGGCGUCGUUCCUAUUGAAGACUGUCUCGUUCUUUUCAACCACGGAAGUCCUAAAGAGGGAAGAUUUAUUGAGAAACUGCCACAUAUGGGCUACCCUAACACUUUACCAGUCGCAUAUGAAUGGUUUGAGAAGUUGCUGGCUAAGAAUGCUGAACCAGGUCUGAAGAAUUAA